GUCUGUUAAACAACUGACCAUCUGUAGUCUACUUUAAAUUCACACAGCAGCAGCUAUGGUCCAGGAAUAUAUGGGCUGCUAUUUAUUUUCAGAUUCUUGCUUCUUUAUCCUUGUCUUUUCUUUUCCCCACAGAUUGGCGAAAGACAGCAAGUGUUAGUCACAGAAGAGUCUUUUGACUGCAAGUUUUAUGUUGCACAUAACCGAUUCUAUGAGCAGGUCUUAGUGCCAAAGAACCCUGCAUUCAUGGGGAAAAUGGUUGAGGUCGACAUUUAUGAAUCAGGAAAACACUUCUUGAAAGGACAGCCAGUAUCAGAAACCAGAGUCUAUACACCCUCCAUCUGCAAGCCGCUGGCCAAGGGAGAAGUCUCAGGUUUGACAACGGAAUUCAGAAAUAGACUUGGGGAUCGUCUGAAUUCAACUUCGGGCACCUGUCCUGCACCUCCACAGGGCCCGGCCUGUUCCAGAAUGGCGCUGCAGACGUCCCAGUAUGACUGUGCACUGAAGGUGGCUGCAGGCCUGGCUCUCAUCGCUCUCCUUCUGCAUUUCUGGCCUGAGUCUAUGUUUACAAUGUAACCAAGUAAAGCAUCCGUAAGGAUUAAGUUUCUAAAUAAAAUCUUCAAUGGACAGGAGAGCAACAGCACCAGUUCUCAAGAGACAGUCCUCUGAACUGGACACACUGCCUUGUCUGGAUCCCUUCUUACUGCGCUCACACUGAGCUGAGCCCUUUGACCUCAGACCAGAUCACAGCUUCUGAGCACGUCUUUCUCAUCAAACUCCUUUUGACUCCUUUUUAACAACAAACACAAGUGGUAGGGUUUUUGGGUUGUUUUUUUUUUUCUCCAGUCAUUAAGUCCCAGUCUAAGUUCAUAGUGGCUCCGCCCACCCAUGGCUCUGCCCACCCUUUCCUUGUGAGGAAGAACAUCCAGCCUUAAUAAACAUUCUCCGGGCUGUGUUUGGAGUCCCCGUGCUACAAACAUCUUUUUCACAGCAGAUGUGUUCCUGAAACGUUUAUAUAGAAACCUAUUUUGAGAACUUGGACCCAAGUCUGCCACUUAAAGGACUCUUCCUGGUGUUCUAGCAAAUGUGAAGAUUCCAUGCCUGUGGCACCCACAAACUUUCAAACAAACCGUGAUCCUUUCCUGACACACCCGGCCAGACAUGCUACAUUUAUCACUCUGCCCAGCACCAUCAGCAGUCUGAAAAGCUGCAAUGACCUCUUUCACAAUAAACGGAAUCGGUGCAGUAAGAAAA